GUUUUUUCAAUAUUUCUCGAUUUUAAAAGUCCUAAACAUCAUGAAAAGUGGCAAAAUCGCCGGUCGAGUCGACGGUAAACACGAUAGUGUAAUUGUUUUUCACUGCAACAAAAUGUUGAAAUACCACGUCCCGCGAUGCCGGAACAGAAUAAUUUCGAAUGAGAUAAACUAAUCGGAGAUGUUUUCAGUUAUCCCAUGCAUUCGUUCCUUGGAUCGGGAACGAGAACGACACUGCUUCGAUAUAACCUUUCCACACAUUUGUUUAUCGGGUUUGCAUUAUUUUUAUAGUACAGGGAGUAGACUACCUUCUUAUUCUACGUACUUUGAUAUAAAUCGACCAUUGAUUGAAUAUUGUUUACGAACGGGUUCAUAGAAACAUAAAAAAAUGUAAACAACGCAGUAAUUCUUCUUCUAUGAAUCCUGUUAAUAAUAUUAAAAGUGAUGAACACAGUAAAGAUAUGUAAUUUCUGUUUCCGAGAGGACCCGCCGGAUAUCAGAUCGGUGGACAGUUAUUCGAAGGAGUUCGAUGCGCAUCGAAUCCAAGAUAUUGUAACCAAACAUUUAUGGUUUACGCCAGAACAGCUCGUAGGCUUUGAAAUUUGUAGUGUUUGUUGGAAUAAGCUGUCUGAAUUCCACUUAUUCUACUGCCAAGUUGAACAGCUGUGCAAACAGGAAAGCUCAACAUAUAAACUGUUUCUUGUAGAGAAACUUGAAACGAGUGCAGAGAUUCCUGACGAUGAUAAUGAGUUUAAGAAUGCGAUUAUUAAAACGGAAGUAGUUAACAAUGAAAUGGGGAAUGAACACGUUGGUGACAUCGAACUAGAAGAAAAACUAAACCUUCCAUCUGGCUUGGAGAAAGAACAAUCUGAGGAACCAAAAACCGGAAACCAAAACGUGGGGCACAAUGUUAUGGUGAAUGAUCAAGAUAUUCUGCUAUUUUGUCAACUGGAUUGUAAGUAUUGUUCGGAAAGUUUCGUAACAUUCAAACAGCUUAAGAAACACUACAGCUCUGUUCAUAAUCAACGGGGCUUUGUGAUGUGUUGUGAUCUACGAUUUGACGACCCAACUCGGCUACGAGAACACAUACGUGUUCAUAUGAACCCAUCUACGUUUCAUUGUUCAGAGUGUAAAAGAAACUUUUGCUCUAAACGCAGUUUACUCAACCAUCGUUUGUUGUUACAUCUGCCAAACGAACAGAGGAGUUUCUCAUGUAAUCUGUGCUCAAAAAGGUUUGCCAAACAGUAUCAGCUCAAUACACACAUGUUAGGACAUAAGAAUCAAAAGGAUUUUCCAUGUCAGAAUUGUGACAAGCAAUUCUCUACCCGGGGAGCAUUGGCAAACCACUUUAAAAACAUCCACGAACGGGCGAAUGAAGUCAUGUGUGAAAUCUGUUCGAAGGUAUUGAAGACUAGAGGUGCCUUCCAGAUACAUAGGGCGGAGCAUUUCAACACAAAGCGAAUCCAAUGCUCCACCUGUGGUAAAUGGCUGAAGAAUGAGCAUUCGAUGAGAAAGCAUAUGAUCCGGCACCAGGAAGAAACUCGUGUUUUCGUGUGCGAUAUGUGUGGCAAGCGAUCCCCGAAUUCGCAUGCACUGAAGAAGCACAUUCAGGAUCAACAUACAAUGGAGCGAAUUCACCGGUGUACCCUGUGUGAAAAGUCAUUCAAACGAGCGUUAGCUCUGAAGGAACACAUGGCCACACAUACCGGUCAACAGCUUUACUCAUGUGCCCAUUGUGCAAAGGAGUUCAAAUCAUCGGCCAAUUUGUAUUCCCAUCGAAAAAAGGCACACCCAGUCGAGUGGCAGGAAUAUCAGAAGACGAAAAAAGUAUUCAUGAGUGACGGCUAAUUCAUUAUUGUUAUAUAGAUAAGCAACGUAGAUAAAAUCAGGUAAACGUAAACGUCCAACGGUAUACUUUAAUUUUUUUUACUAGCUGACCCGGCAAACUUCGUCCCGCCCAAAAUUUUAUUUUACGUUAUCACAUCCACGUUUUCUUACUAAGCGCACCUUCAUGGGUCCAAUCGCAGAACAGUUCAUUGAUUGAUCUUCUAAUCUACUCUUUAAAAUUAUUUUUACUAUAGAAUUUAAGUACUUCUACCAAAACUUGACUUUAUAAUAUCAGAUUAUUUUCAGACACAAUUCUCGUGCAAGAUUUUUCAUCCACUUGCAAAUAACAUGUUUUUCUGUUACAUGGAAUAAAUAUUUGAUACAGAAAAUAUGAUAGAAUGAAGACAGCCCUGAAUCUGACAAUUCCUUGCUAGAAUUUUGCUUUUAUCAACACAUUCGGUAAUCCAUUUUUAUUUAUAUAGAUAGAAGACGAUAUAGGAGUGUGUUUUAUCACAUUAAAAUCCAUUUCCACUUUCGAACGAAGAUCAGUUUCGUUACUGCAAACAUCAAAUGGACUAACAACGCUCGUCAAUAUGUAAUUGUAGAACACAUGCGAAUUGAAUUUUUUAAAUUUUCCCAUAGAGUUUUUUGAAUAUUUUCAAUUGUCAUGCUACGUUGGAAUAUGUGUAUUAUUUGGAACCAGCUUUCCAUUCCAGAGAGGAAGGGCUGGUUUAACUGGUCUGCUUUUGACGUAGGACUACGUCUUUCAUUUCUAUACCGGGGUGUAAAAUCAAAGUUUCGAAAACGAAAGCGUUACGCCUGAGACCGAGAUUUUGAGCGUUAAUAGCUCCUAAACAACCGAACGAAAUGGUAUGAUAAGCACUUCAUUCGAAAAGCAAAAUGUUUACGCGUUAUAUACUUGUUACUUUUUCAUCCAAAAACUUGUUUCAAUAGCCUUCAAAAUGCUUUCAAAACAGGCUAUUGAAAUCACCAAUCGAUAUAUGAGCGAGCGCCGCUCGGAAAUCCACUUAGUUAUAAUUGAACAGCGAUUGGAACAUGUUGUCGCUGUUGUGGUGAAACUAACUUCGUUUAUCAUGAAAGCGCUGAUGGACGGUGUCACCAAGAGUCUGUUUGUGCACAUUAGGCCAGAAGGAACCCCAUAAGGAGGAGAGUGAUGCCACAAACGGUUCCGCUUGAGACAUCGAAGCAGCCACCACACACACAUACACGCGCGGAACUAUUUUUGUUUGGUUGCCAUCCAGCAUAGGAAAGAUUUCGGAAAGAUGUCAUUGUUGGAGAUAGCCCAACAAGAAGAAAAUGAGUAUGCUGGUUUCCGAGUUUUAAAAUGUAUUGAUACGAGUAUUGAAAUCUUCCUAGAAAGGCAUACAAUCAUGGUAAGUAAUGAAUACAUACAUUGACAUAACCGUGAACUUACGUUUAGUACUCUUACUCUAUUUCUUCUUUAAUAUCCGCCUGUUGCUAAACUUCUGUUAAAUUAUUUCUCCUGUAAAUAUUGAAUUUUUUAUACUAAUUUUAUAUCUUUUCUCGUUUCAGGUUUCUACUUUCUCUUUUAGGUUCUGUUGGUGACGCGACGGUAACAUAUGGACUCAAUCCGCGAUAGUUCUCAAAUGUGCAAUUCGUGUUUUAGGUUAUCCUGGGAAAAUCUGAGUUUUAGCUAUAUGACUUGCAAUUUUUUAUAUCGAAUGUUACCUCAAUCUGUCAAAUGUUGGGAUAGGGGAAAACAAACUUGGAAUUCGAAAAUAAGCGCUAACUCACUUGACUAAAUAAUGAACUUGUAGUUUCCCACUUCACGUGCUCGCGUUGUAAGAACAAUUCUUUUCUGCUAUCGCAAAUUACCCAGGGGUAUGACUAAAACGUCAAAUCCCUCAUAUUGACAGUGUACCCAAUAUUGCUGCGGUUCACUGACAUUUUGGUUUUGUCAAUUACGAAUCGAAUAGUGGCUAACUUUAAACUGCAUGUUAAAUGUGAACACCUCCGUGAGAAACCGAAAUUUUUACUAUCUCCGUGAUUUCAACGAUUUCAAUCCUCGCAAAUGAUAUGUUGGUAAACAAAUGACGCCAUAUUGGUUUUGAUUUUGGGUAGCCUAUAUUCAAUUGAUGUCUAAAGCGGACCUUACACGGUCAAAUUUAUUGACAAUAUGAUGACAUUUGAGAGCAUAAUGACAGCUGAACAUGGCCGACAACGCAGAAAUCCGGAUUUUCUGAUUUUCGGGCAUCAAUAUCGUGACAUUUCGUAUGGAUGCAUGAUGUUGACGUUUUACCUCACGGACUUCCAGAUUGAGUUGCCAGAUUUGCAAGCGGACAUUUAAUGUUUGUUAGUCUUUUUUGCGAUUGCAAUUAAAAUUUAUAAACUUCUGAAAUUGUAGGAAUCAUGAAUGAAAGCUUUUGGUUUGGAAAACUGAUAUAGUAAUUUACAUUUAAUGCGACAUGUCGGAGAACCACUCAGUGUCGCAUUGGAGGCGAUUUAACCUGUAAUUGGACAUUGAAGAUGAGAGUGGUACAGCGUCGACGUCUGGCGGCGAAUGUCAAUGUGGGGCCAUAAUUUGGGCCCGAACUCGAUGUUUACAAAAAUGUCUAACUAAACGUGUCGCAUACAGGUCUGUCCAAUUAGAAAAAUGUCGCAUUAAAUGUAAAUUACUGUACCUAAAAUAGCAAAAUACAGUACUUUUCGCGUAACUGACAAUGUGAUGGUGAGAGAGUGAAUGAAAAUUAACAACGUCUUAGGAAUGUUUUUAACAUUGAACUCGGUCAUUCUUUGCGCUAGCGAGCGGGGCAGCCACUUUAGUCUAAGUUGUGUGUUUCUUCACACUCCGCUAUAAAAUUUGGAGAAUGAGAAGAUCUGGGAAAAUCACAGGUGGUAAUUCAAGUUACAGUAGAAUCCCGAUUAUCCGUGAAUAGUUGGGAUGGUUUUUAAACAUAGAAACUAUUUUUUAUCAAUACAAAAAUAGAUACAGAUACAGAUAAUCGGGGUACAGAUACAGAUACAGAUAAUCGGGGUUUUACUGUCAUAGUCUUAUUUAUCGAAUAAAAACAUUUGCUUGCAGAUAAUAUAAUUUGCAUAUAUUUUCACAAUCUAAAAUAAUCUGGCAUCCCUGAAACUGAAAGGAUCAGUCUGUAUUUGUGAAGCGAGUAUUAUGAUGUGUUUUUGAGAAGGAAAAACGAGUUUUAAAGUGUAAAUUAUGAAUGAAAAUUAACUUUUCCAAAUCAAAUUAGUAUUCUAUGUGAAUGCAAAUCACUUUUUUUCUGCAAGUGGUGAGAAAAUCCCAUACAAAAAUUGUAUCUGAAACUGACGCUAUAUAAUAAUAAUAAAUUUAAGUAGGAAUAUCAGAAAAUUCAUAGAAAAUAGGUUAAGUUAGAGUUAGGACUACGCGCUUCAACUAAUUAAAUAAUACCAAGUAGAUAUUUUCAUUCAAAUUUUACCAAUUGAAAAUUGCAAUUUAGCCUUUUAAUCUGAUGGAGAAUAGUUUGGAUCCCAAACUCGAAUGUCACCACUAGCCAUCGCGGAUAUUUUCGUUGUCUCGGGUUGAGGGCGAUAUUGACCGUGUAAGGUGGCAAAAUAUUGAUUGAGGUUAGAUCGGAUGUCGAAAGCCUAGCUGUCACGAUAUUGAAGACACUUAUUGUCAAUCAGUUUGAUCGUGUAAGGUGCCCAUAACCCCUGAAAUUACCACGUAGCUGUUCAAAAUGACGUUUAACCUACCAAGAGCCCGUUGCGUCACGGUGACGUUUCUUUCGUGUUGUCUGCAAGGCUACCUCAAAUUGUGAGGUGAGUUGCGCCGACCGAGGGGUCGUAACAGUCAUCGUUGCUGAAAAAUAAUCUACCAGUUCCCCUUGGAAUUGAAAAAUACAUUUAUGCGAAAGAGUUUAUUUUAAUGUUUUCUAUCCAUAUAACACUGCAACCAAAUACAUUUGGUUUUGUGAUUUUUCAAUCAAGUGCAAUGAACAGGUGGUUAUCGUGUUAGCAUUAACCACUGGUGGGCUUGGAGUACCGAGGAGAAUCUGGAAAGAUGUUAUCGUUGCUGAAAAAUAAUCUGCCAGUUCCCUUGGAAUUGAAAAUUACAUUCAAGCGAAAGAGUUUAUUAUGUUUUCUAUCCAUAUAAUACUGCAACCAAAUACAUUUGAUUUUGUGAUUUUUCAAUCAAGUGCGAUCAACGUAAGACCACGUCUUUCGGCAAUUUAUUAGAGGUGCAAUGAAUCUUAAGAAAGCAUUCCCGCUCUACGCGCACUGGCAAACGAUGUUUACUCAACAAUUUCUCAAACGCGAAAUGGGUGUUGUGAGAAAAAGGAUGAGCGAACGCAAACAUUAUGUAGACUGAUUUGAUGCAACAGAUAUUUUGUCUAUUGGAAAUGGAAUACAAAUCAUAUCACAACACAAGCAAUGUAUUAUGUAUUAUACAACUUUUGUGUGAUUGCUUCAUUUGCUGAAUAUUGUGUCUUCAACGUACCCAGGUAACCACUAAGCACUAAGAAAUGAUCUUAAAUCAGCACUGUAUCCACAUAUAGAAUACUGAAUAAAUGCUUAUUACGCACUAUAAACCAACAUAGGGUGGAUAUAAUGCUAAAAAGGCGAAAUAUAGGGCUCUUUAAAAGCUUCAGUUACAGCUUUAAAUAAGCAUUACUAAUGCUUACUAAGGGCUCAUUGAAAACGUCACUUGUGAUGCCAGCCUGUCAUAAGCAUCCUUAAUGCUUAUACAAGAUGUGUGGAAUAAAGGUGUGACCGAGUCGUCAAUAAGUGCGCGAGGGGAAACGGUAUAAAUAUACAGAGGAAUGUGGAAAGGGAUUUGACUGCAAAUAGAGAUGUCUAAAUUUUGCGUUUAUUGACAAUUGACGAUUAAUUGUGGGGUCAUUUUUAAAUAUUUGAUUCAUUCGAAUAAUUAUUUUUCAGUAUUUGAUUGACCGAGCGAAUAUUUAUUUCUUGUAAUCAAAAAGAACAGACAUAUUUAUAAUAAAAAAGUAUGAUGUCAUAAUUUUAAAAGUUGCAUUAAAUAUAAUUUUGAAAUAAACAUGGUGCAGAAUAAUUGUUUUUGAAUGAAGUGGUAUUUUAGUAUAUUGAUAAAUUUACUAUUUCAUAUGAGGACGAUUGAAAAAAAAGCACACCAUGAGAAUGAUGCACAACAUUAUUAUUGUACCAACAUAAAAAAUUUUCUGUUUAAAAUUACCUGUUCUUUGAAUGUUGAAUGAAAAAGCUGAUUUGUUUGAAUAUUUCUGUUUGGUCAUUAUAGCUACUAGUACAAAAGAGGUACAUUUAUAGAAUCAUUGACCACUAGUAUGGUAUAUUUUCCUCGGCACUCUGAAUUUGAAUACUACUAUUUUAGAACGGGAGCUGAGACCACCUUCUUUAAGUCCGCAUUUUACUCCUGCAGAGCCUGAAUUCUUCCCAGUCUCCUCUACCACCAGGGAAUAAUUUUUAUGGUUCAAACGUACAUGAUUUAGCAUAUCCGAUGAAUUUCGACGAAACACCAUGACGGUUAACACUCCUAUACUCGCGCAUAGGUCUGAGAGACCAAGAAAUCAAUAAUUCGUUCAUUUCUCAGAAAACAUCAACAAUACGACAUUGCGAUUCUCUCUAGCUUCGUCAUUCGUUGUUCGUUAUCGUUUAGCGUAUCGUAUAAGUUGGUACAAAGGGGACGUAUAUCACGUUUUCAUCACCUUCGGUCUGAGACACCGACGCGCGUACAGAAGUAACUUUUUUGGACAAGUGACUUUUUUUUCCUAUUUUAAAAUAUUGUUCAAUGAAAUGUAUAAAUUAAUGUCAGUGGCGUGGAAUAUUUAUUAAAUGCUUAAUAUCAUUUUCGGACUAUUCUUAUUUGAUUUUAGUCCUUUUGUCACCGGAUUGAACGGAUUCAUAUAUUAUUCGUGGAUAUAUUCGUCGUUAGAUUCAUACGUGCAAAAGUAAAGUACAAAUGUUUGACAUUCGUAUAGUUGUUCACUAAAUAUAAUGGUCACGCAUAUACACACUUCGUGAAAUGUUUAUUAUAUAUUUAUAUAUUAUAUAUUUAUUAUUGAGUAUUUAUGUUUGUAGAAAUAAUAAUUGUUUGGUUGACUUGUGUUGGGAGUGGAAUUUUAUGUUUAAAAUGGCACAGAUUGAUGUUUGGUGAAAACUGCUCCGUUAUGGGUUCGACCUCCGGUCGUCUGGAUUAUCAUCCACCAGCUAUCUCGCACGGCUAUCUGCAAUUUAAUUCAAUAGCGGUUAAAACUUUCGAGUGCAUCAGCAUUUCAUUGACAUUUUAAUAUGAUGUAAUAUGUCCUUUAUUAGGAUCUAAUAUGAUUUACUGUUUCAUGAUUUUCUUCAGCAUGCAACACGAUUUACUCCAGUACUGAACCGAUUUAAAUUAUACGCUUAUACGAACACACAAACUGCAUCAGCGUAAUAUACGCAUAUGAUGCGGAUUAAAUAUAUUUUACUACAAUGUACAUCAUAAAAUUGAUGUUUAUUAUACCGAUAUGCGACUUAUUUUGAUAAUGGUAUAUAAAAUCGAGUUUUUACAUUUUAUGCGAUUUCAAAUAUACACGAUACAUACUUUGAUUGAUAUUAUAUGCGAUUAUGAUUUAUUCGGAUUUCUUGUAAGACUUGGCACGUGCAAAAUUAUACGAUUUAAUGUUUGCUGGGUCGUCCUCGCGCACACACACUCUCGUGAGCGACUUUCCUCCACAUCUGCCCAUUCUUGGAAAUCUGCUAGAGUCGUUUCAAAAAGACACCAUUUUUUGAAAUGUUGAGAAACUUGGUUCAAACGUUUCGAAAUGACGCCAUUGCAAAAAUGCGAAUCUGUUUCAAUCGUUUAAAAAAAAACGAAUUAUAUAGUUGAAUUGCGCGAAGCAGUAAAUGCUCACAGUAUAACACAGCGUCCUCCCGAGGAAAUUAUGAUGAAACGGAAAAUUGGACGAGGAUUGCCUCUACUUAACCGCACAGAAACACUCAUAGACGAGGCAUUGCUUGACGAUAGAGAUCGGAAAGCAGAACUUGAAGCUAAACGAAGAGAAGAUGCUCGUCGUGGCGCACGUGAAUGCCGUGUGAAACCCGGAGACACUGUAAUCGUACAGCGCCAACUUCGCAGUAAAGGACAGUCACGAUUUUCUCCCACAAGGCACACGGUAGCGGAUGAGAAAAACGGGAACUUGGUCCUACAUAGCGAAGCUGGCCAAACCAUUAAACGGCACGUAACACACACGAAGAAAGUGUUUCACUGGCAGAAACACCAGCAUACCGGUGAGGAGAGCAGAGUAGCAAAACCUGAUUGGCGAUCUAACGCAAAACGUAAACGAUCGGUGAGACAUCUGGAUUUUGUUUUUGAACUAAGAAAAUGAUGCUAAUGUAACCUAAAACUCAGAAAACAAAUCACGUAUAUUUUACUUCCGGGCUUUCCAAGGUAGUUCUCACAUGCAGGAAUCGUGCAUUUUUCUACUUGUGUUAGAUUGUGCUCUCGAAUUUCCUUCUUUAAUUCAACCAUUGUCAACAUUUUUAUAGUUUUCACUACUGAAAGAGGUAAAUAAAUAACAUGUUAUAUAUAAAAUUGCGCAGAAUUAAAUUUCUUACAAACUCAUCGCAAUCAAAUAUUCUUUUAUGAUUAUAACAUUGUAAUUUGUGGAAAGAACCACAAACCUUCCAUAAGAAUUACAACCAGAUGGCGCAGCGAGUAAAAUGAGGAUGUUUUGUUUUUUUGGUAUUAAAUUCGUUCAAAUUUUCUAGAAAAAUCAGAAUUUAUCUUCAAAUUUCCCGGUUUCAUGUAAUCUUCCUACGCUGAAAAGGUUAGAAAAUCAUAAUUUUACAAUGUGCUAUGUAUAUUACGAGAAAUGGCUUGUUAUAAGUAUUGUAACUUUAAUUUUUUUCAACUAAGUAAACGAUGAAUAGGGUGUUUUACUAAAAUACUGCAAAUUCUUCUCGUAUCGGCCCCUACAUAAUCAAUGAUAUCAGCCAAUUUGAUGUGAUAUCGAUUUCAUCGCAGUUAUCCAUAGUAUCAAUAACCGGUAUGCAUCAUCAAACAUAAAAUUUUCGAAGAUUAUCUAUGACUUUGGUCAAAUCGUGUGUUGAAACCAUCGUAAAUAUACAAAACUCCAACAUUCUUACCAUAUACUGACGACAUUCAAUGGCUGAAAUGAAUCUAAAUUGAAAUAAAAUGAAUAAUCACCACCGAAUCUUGCUUUUCAGUGCGUAAAAUAAACAUACACCCUCACUUUUGUGGUUCUGAGCUCUGAUGUAGAUGUCGCAUGAGCUGAUUCAGCUUUGCGUAAAUUCGUCAAUUGGCGAUCUAACGCAAAACGUAAACGAUCGGUGAGACAUCUGGAUUUUGUUUUUGAACUAAGAAAAUGAUGCUAAUGUAACCUAAAACUCAAAAAACAAAUCACGUAUAUUGACGAAUUUACGCAAAAACAAAACAUCCUCAUUUUACUCGCUGCGCCAUCUGGUUGUAAAUCCAACGUAAAUUCGUCAAUUUUACUUCCGGGCUUUCCAAGGUAGUUCUCACAUGCAGGAAUCGUGCAUUUUUCUACUUGUGUUUGAUUGUUCUCUCGAAUUUCCUUCUUUCAACAUUGUCAACAUUUUUAUAGUUUUCACUACUGAAAGAGGUAAAUAAAUAACAUGUUAUAUAUAAAAUAGCGCAGAAUUAAAUUUCUUAUAAACUCAUCGCAAUCAAAUAUUCUUUUAUGACAUUUUAUGACAUUUUAUAACAUUGUAAUUUAUGGAAAGAACUACAAACCUUCCAUAAGCGCACAUGGCAAAAUUUAAAACCAUCAUCACUUUCACCGCAGCGCCGCCUAGGUGUAGAUUUGUACGUUAGAUCGCCAAUCAGAUUAGAAUGCACGAAUCCCGUUUUCAAAUGUUAAAAUUUGAAUGAAAAUUUUUACAUCAUGUUAUUUAAUUACUUGAAACACGCAUUUCCGAUUUUUCUUUAACUAUUUGUCUCUACAUUUCCUACAUUGCUACUGAAUCUUUUCAUUGUAAUAUAAAGUUGUCUUCAAAAACAAUUUUCGCAUUAGAUUGUUUCACCACCUGCAAGACAAGUGAUUUUUUUUCGCCUUUUUCGCCUGAAAAUCAAUUAUUUUUUGACGCCCCCCUAAACAUGUCAACGAAGCUCAAUACCGUCAACGCGGAUUGGCUAGAUCCGUUGAGAAUAGUAUGUUAAAUACCGCUUGUCUCAUAAGCGGCCCUUACACGAUCAGUAGCAUUGUCACUAUCAGUAAUGACAAAACUAGCAAGAAUCACUCCAUUCCGCAUCAUAAUUUUUCUUCAACCCUACACGAUCAUUUUUAUUGCUUAUAGAAAUGCAGCAACUCUUAUCUCCAUAGCCGUAAGAUAAAGAAACACAUUUUUGAAAUGAAAAUUAAUUGUAUUGUAUGAAAUAAACACCUCCGUCAAUAAUUUGAAAGGUUUUUUUUGCAAAAAAUGAAAAAAAUCUUGAACGAAACUUGUUUCUAAUAAUGGUUUCUAAUUAUAAUUUCUACAAUUUGAUCUGCUCUUAUAAUGUACCUCAUUGUCUCUGAUGAAGAAGGUUCAGAACAAUAUGUUAUGAGCAUUCAAAAAACAUUUUAAAAUUCUUUUAAUUGGUCUAUUAACAAUUUGAAACUGUAUUUGUUCAUAGUAACCUUAAUAGCUUAUGCUUGAUUCAUUACCAUGUAAUACCUUCGUAGAUAUCGACACCGUAUCUUACCCGUGUACUUCACCCACGUAUUUGGGCAAUAGACGUCGACAAUGUUCCGCCGCCAUCGCGAAUUAACAUUUUAAGCCUCGUACUCCAUCAUUGUGAAGCGAAAAUAAUAUCGGAAUUUCGAAUGACCAAACUUUUAAAAUCAAAGAAUGUAAAUGAAAAUCAGUUUCUUCGCAUCAAAUAUGUUGCUCUAUGUAAUAGAAUGACAGGGUUUUCCACAAGGGGGGAAAUAUCUCGAACUAAAAUUAUAUCUGGUUAUAAUUUUAUUUUACAAAAAUAAGUUUAAAGUUGGGAUUUCUGAAAAAUUAUAGGAAAUUUACUAAGUGAAAUUUAAUGCAUCCAAGAAACAGCAAGUAAUAACUUUCAUUCAAAUUUUAAGAAUUUAAAAUUUCCUUUGGGCACUAACCUGAUAGAGAGUAAACUGCUUCACAAACAUAAAUUUUAACACAAGGUGUCGCACAUAUCCUGGACACCUCGAAUGAUAGUGUCUCUGCCCUAUUAUAGUAAUGAUGUAGCGAGAUAAGAAAAACCGGAAAUCAUUAUUGCCCGUCAUUUCAAUUUUGUCAACCUUACACGAUCAUUGUUAUUGUCAUUCUGAUGAUGUCAGUAUUAUUUAUCGUGUAAGGGACCCUAUAAAGUGCGAUUUACGUCACGUUACGAAAAAUUAUUCUCCCAUGCAAUUCUUAGGGAACAUUCACAUACACCAGCAAUGGCAAGUCGAAGUUGCCGUUCCAUUAGAAUUGCUUGGGAGAAUAAUUGAAAUAACGUGAAGUGACGUGACGUGAACGUGACGUGGAUGUUGUAUGUGAAUCACACUUAACACUCUCUAGCACAGCUAAACCAAACAUGCAACCCGCGGGCCGCAUUUGACCUGGCGGGCUCUCUUGUAUGAAUAUCAAUAACUAAUUUUGUAUGAAUAUCAAUAACUAAAAUCUUAGAAAACUUUACCUAAUUUUUUCACGUAGAGCUACGGCUUUCAGAAAUGGUACUAAAUCAGGAAACAGGGAACGUUUUUUAUAAAAGAGAAAUAGCAAACGCAGCGUUCGUUCUACGGGCAAUAUUGCAAUUUAAGUUUCGCCCGUUUUCAAUUUAUUAGGCAUGAACAAGCUGUUCGUGAUUUCACAGCGUUCACGAUUCAUCAGCUGUUUUCAGAAGGCAACACGGUGCUGAUGUGCAACAAGUUUUUUGCACAAUACUGAACCCUCACUACUUGCAUACACAUGCGCUCUGGCGAAUGAACACGCACCGAAACAUAGAUAAAAUGUUUUGUUGUCAACACCGUUCGCUUUAUGUAUACCACACAUACAACGUCCCGUCACCAUUCCGUCAAUUAUUCUCUUGGACUUAUUUUGCCGACUACGAGCUUGCCGUUACUGGUGUAUGUGAAUAUUUCCAUAAGAAUUACAUGGGGGAAUAAUUAACGAAACGUGACGUGACGUGAACGUGACGUGAAUGUUGUAUGUGAUUGGCACUGUAAGAGUGCAUCGUGCUCAUACAUCAUGUUUAUACCAGCCUGAGGGCAUCCGUAUACUAGCACAUAGGAUUUGACAGCGUCAAACAUGUCCGGGUCGCAAAUGCAAUUUGCGACCACUGUCACUCGCGAGAACUGCCAAACUCUCAAGCUGGUGUAAAACAAGGCACUUAACAUACUACCAGGUGGGUCAAAACGUGAAGUGGUUUUCUGCAGCCAUUUAAAAAAUACACAAAAGUAAAUUAA